AUCGGAGGCUCGAUUCCGCCGCCGUGAGAGCCGCGCGGAGUUAGCUGUCUGGUCGCUGCGUCCCGCUGCCGCCGUCUUUGCAGUCAACAUGGGGUUUAUACUGUCAAAGUCUAUGAAUGAAAACAUGAAGCGUCAGCAGGAGUUCAUGCUUAUGAACGCCCGCCUCCAGCUGGAGAGGCAGCUGACAAUGCAGAAUGAAAUGAGGGAAAGACAAAUGGCCAUGCAGGUGGCUUGGUCUCGAGAAUUCCUCAAAUAUUUUGGAACCUUUUUUGGCAUUGUCACCAUCGCUUUAACAACUGGAGCAAUAAAAGGGAAGAAGCCGGUCUUCCUCUUUCCCAUUGUUCCACUAGGCUUUGUCCUCACCUACCAGUACGACUUGGGCUAUGGAACCCUUCUGCAGAGAAUGAAAGGUGAAGCCGAGAACAUACUGGACGCGGAGAAGGAGAGGCUGCAGCUACCAGGGGGGAUGAUCACGUUUGAAAGCCUGGAGAAGGCCAGAAGGGAGCAGAGUAAACUUUUCAUUGGCAAAUGAAGUCAUGCUCACCCACGGAAUUGCAGCACUAAUCACCGAAGAGUGAUUUUUGUCGUUUUCUAAAGGCAUGUGAUUUUGAUAUGAACUUUAUUGUAAAAUUUUACAAUGCAGUUUGGGCUAAACCACUUUGAAAGAACAUGUAUAAGGCUUAAACAUAAAACCCUAGAAGUACACUAAAUACCUUUGAGAUUUCCUAUGUGUACCGCAAAUAUCUAAGUGCAAAAUGAAUAAAUUAUGUUGUUUGGAAUUCCUGAA